GCGUGUGCGCGCAGGCGGAGGAUCGCCGAGCCAGCCGUACCGUGCAGGGAGCAGGCACAAGCCGCCGGGCGCGCAGGAGAAGCCGCAAAAACAUUAGAGCAGAAACUGCGAGGAGAGCAGAGGGAGCGUCAGAACUUCAGUGUGCACGAGGCCAGACAUCUAAAAUGGGAGGCAAGCUCAGCAAAAAGAAGAAGGGAUACAAUGUAAAUGAUGAAAAGGCCAAAGACAAGGAUGCCAAAGCAGAGGGGGCCUCUGCUGAGGAGAGCGAAGCUCCGAAAGAAAACAAGGACGAGGCCCCGGCUGCCGACGGAAAGGAGGUAGCGAAUGACACGGCGGCCAAGGAGGCGCCUGCGGCCGAUGCUGCGGCGCCCAAAGAGGAGGAAAAGAACGCGGCUCCUGCCGCAAAGGAGCCUGAGAAACCUGCCGCCAACGCCGCAGAGCCGGCUAAAGCUGAGGAGAAACCAGCUGCCCCUGCCCCGGCGAAGGAAUCAGCCCCAGCGGCCAAGGAGCCCGAGGCCAAGGCUGAGAGUAAAGGUGAGGCCGACGCCAAAAAGACUGAGGCCCCCGCGGCACCAGCAGCCAAAGCCGAGGCGGCCCCUGCCGCCUCCCCUGACCCCAAGCCCACAGAGGUGGCUCCGGCAGCGGCAAAGGAGGCCGCCGCAGCCGCUAGUUCAACACCAGCCGCCGAGCCUCCGGCCAAGGAGGCGAACGCCACAGAGGCACCAAGCAAGGAUCAAACCGUAGCAGUUCAAGAUUAAUGGACAGCUUCUUUUCGGAAAUGAAAACAUAAAAGUACCUAACUCAACGACGAUGAAGAUAAAAUAAAUUAACUAGCCCACCCAUAUUAUGAUAAUAACAAUAAUAAUAAUAAUUAUGACGAUUUGUUGAAUGAGGACUGGAGCAAACACCUGGAGAAGUUCCCACUGCUGCAGAUGAUUAUUGCUAUUAUUAUUGUUAUGUUUGAUUUUAUUUUUUCUGCUGUAGUAUUUGAACUUUGAUACCAGUCUGUGUCGGCCAUCCCCCUCGCCAUCACACAUCCCAUCAUCUCUCUCUUUCUCAUACAGUUUGACCUGCUGCUGUCACGCUGCAGCACCCUCUGCUCUGUGAUGUCAUCGAUAUCUAAACCUUGGGAGGGGUGUCCGAGCGGAGGAGGGGGGUUUAGGAAAUCACUUCACCAGCUGGACCUCGCUUGAGUCCAUCCACUCUUCAGCUCUCCUCUUCCUCUCGCCCUCCUCUGCUUCAGCCUGGUUUCGGUAUAGUUGGAUCGUGUUGUUUGUUUCCUCUCUGGGUUAGACGCCACUUUCUUUAAACAAAACUAAAAUUACCGUGAGGACGGAGAAGGUCCAGGCCCUCUGGGACAUCCGGGAGGUUUAAAGAAGCGGGCUUUGGCAGUGGAAAACUAUUCUUAGACAUAUAAAAGUCGUAGAAAUUUUUCAGAUAUAGAUUUUUUACUGGAACCCUUAGGUAUAUUGUAACUGAACUAAGAGGUUUUUUAACAUUUGUAAUAUGCCUUUAAAAUCUGCAAAGCCUGGCUGAAAUAAAACCUUAGUUUGUUCUUAGAAAUGCUGAUGGAAAUCUCUGAUCCUCUGCAGAAAUCUGAUGAUAAAUUUUAAACGAUAAUAUUUUUGUUUAAGGACAGCUACGCCUGACUGGGGUGAAAUGUACGACCAAUUAUCGAGAUUUGCUUAGAAUACCAAACUGCUGACGUGAACCGCUUCUUCUGAAGACAGACAAAAAUAACUCUUAAAGUGUUUCUGUGAUCUAGUCUAGGUUUUAUAGCUGAAAUUAGAAUGAAAAUAUUUUAUUUAACCUACUAAAAGUUGCAUCAAAAGUCCCAAAUAGUUGACAAAUGUGCUAGUAAUAUCAAUACUAGCAGCAAAAUAUGCUCAAGAAAAUCCUAAAUAAUGAUUUUAAACCAAAAAACUGCAAGAAGUGAGUCUGCAUGUUUAGAUUCAGUUAGAAAAAGUUGAAUUAUUGUGUUAGCUUGACUAAAACCAGACUUUUAAAAUGCAUAUUAAUGUUUUUAAUGGUACUAAAUUGAAGGUCUUGAAGUUGCACUAAGACACCAGAAAAUGCAAUUAAAGAUCGAUUCACUCGUCCAUGUGCAGGCCUUAUCAGCUGCUCCUCUAGGCGAGAAAUUCUGAGCAUGCUCCACUCGCCAACUUAUGCACAAGGUCCAAUAGUCACAAAAUGAGAAGGAGCAUAACACCACCUAGCAUAGCAGGGUCAGGCAUUCCUGUAGGGCAAGGACAAUAGUUCAGUUAGCUAACCCAGCAACAGUAUAACCGUAGCUCUACUUAGCUGCAUGUAAACAUGCUGACUAACUUGGAGUUAGAGCUAAAAUUUUGAAAAAACACAAAAAGAUGAUCUUAAAACUAUCCUAAAAGUUUAACAGCUCUUAUAAAGUUGGAUGAAAUCCAUAAAAGAGCAUCAAGGCCAAAUUGGAGUCAGAGAUUUAAUCUAUUGAUGUAUCUGAAGAAGGAAAACUAGAAUGAAGGCCUUGUGUUUGCAUGCCUCUGCUGUGGAGUACAGAGGUGGUCAAGAAAGAGGACUUAGAUGGUUUUCACAGUAGGGUUAUGGCCACCCCCAAAAAAUUUUUUUUGGGGGGUGGCUGUUUUCACCAGAAGAGAGGCAUAAAAAUAUAAAUUUAGGGACUAAAGGUCUUUGCACACUGAAUCAUUUUGAUGGCAUUUACUUGAGCAUUCCCUGCAAAAAUUGGUAGAAAAUGGCAAAUUGUUUUGUCCUGUAAAGAUCAUGAAUUCGUGAAGAUGAUUCUAUCCCUCUGCAUCCAUGCAUCCUGACAUGGAUCUUCAUAUGGUACUGGCUCAUGCUUUAUAGCUCUGCGCAAAAAUGGAGAGCAACUUUUAAUUCAGUCUCUGCUGUUCUGAACCAUCAAAAGUCCAUUCAAAUGACUUGGACUGAUGCAAAAAUUUGCACAAAAACAAACCCAUUCUGUAAAAAAUAAGUGACAAACGUUUUGGUGUCAGUCUGCAAAAAUUUGGAUGCAGUUUGCAAAGGCCUUUACCCUAAAAAUUGUGGCAGUCAAAACAGUCAAACUUCUGAUUUCAAGCACAUAAAUGGACUUGUCCAUUUCUAAUUUGCACAAAAAUGUCUUCUGUGAUUUGCAUGAACCAAUCCUGCACUACAUUCUUGCAUAAACCAAGACAAACCACAUGCAUAAAGGAAUCUGCUCUUUAACCAGUUGUUUAAUUUGAACCAGGCUUUAAAAGGAAGUAUAUGAGAUUUGAUAAUAGCACGAGCCCAGAGGAGCAAAGCUCAGCAGUUUGGUAUUCAAACAACACAGACAGAUCUCUGCUCGUCUGUUUUCCUGCAUUUUUUUUUAAUCCCGGGGAACGCAUCGCACAUGAAAAGGGAGCUUCUGAUUUGAUCACUUUCACCCUUCAUGCAUUCCUUUACUUUCAGAAAUAUAUAAAUAUUUAUGUCUGCAUAUAUGCAGAGAUGGAAGACAAAAUGCAGACGCAUUUUGCACAGAAAAGAGGAAGAAUAUGACUGAGGAAAAACACUGGAUAGCAAUGAAAGAAAGAAGGAAAGAAAUAAGUAUCAUGAUUUAAGUACUUAAUGCAAAGGUGAAAGUUUUAUCCCCAGUAUUGGUGAUAUUUAUGCUUUCAGAUGAGAGGAAGGAAGAAAAGAAGGAAGGGAGGAAGGCAGUGUUUUAAAGACAAGAUGACAAGUUAAGGAUAUGGAAGAAAACAGGACAGGUAGGCAUCAUGAGGGACAAAAAACAGGAAGUAGAAAAAAUUUCCCCUUUUAUUUUUUGAAAAUUAUUGGCAUAAUAAACUUCAAAUAAAAUCCAAGCUAGUGCCAGAUGGUGAUACCUGAUACCUCUGAUACCUAUACAGAUGAAGAUGUAGACUGAGCCUUGUGUGCAUACUCUGUGGUCAUUUGCUUCUGCACAUUUUCUGGAAGUUUGGCAAUUCUGGCUACCAAAUUAGCAAACCAAACUGCUAGAAAAGCACUCCUGGCAUGUAUUAGAUAGAAACAGUGAAAUAACCGCUGCCAGCACCCUAAAAUUUCACCACAGUGUUGUUUUUUCUUCCAUUUCUGCACAUAUGUAGACAUAAACUCAUAUAUUUCCUCCUCUAAACCAUCCAUCUGCCGACUUUUUUAGUUGCAUACAAGUGCCACACAACGCGUCCCCGCAGCACUCGUCAAACCGUAGCAGAAACAAACAUGGCGGCUGUUGUGUGUCACUUGGUUUCGUUUUUUUCUUUUCUUCCUCUCUUGACUCAGUAAAUUGCAUGUCCGUGGUUGGGUGAACCUGUAGUCCUGUCUUUUUGGUCAAGUGAAAAAAAUAAGAAUAUUAUUAUUUCUCAGUCUGCAUCCAUGGCAACUACAGUUGAUAUUUUCAUUCCAUGUCUCACCUCUGCUACUUCCACACCACACGUUCAUUGAAAAACAAAAAGAUGAUAUGGAAAUUGAUGCAUUCAAAAUUAUAUGUACUUGUAUAAAUGGUGCAACAGUAAUAAAAUGUAAGAAAUUGACUGAAACUUGAA